AUGGCAGCUGCUGUUGGCUUUCUGACAGUUUCCAGCGUCAUUACCAUGUCAGCCCCCUUCUUUCUGGGGAAAGUUAUUGACAUUAUUUAUACAAAUCCCAGUGAAGACUUCACUGUCAGCCUGACCAGCCUGUGUGCCUUGCUGAGUGGAAUCUUUUUAUGUGGUGCUGCUGCUAAUGCUACUCGUGUCUACCUCAUGCAGACUGCAGGACAAAGAAUUGUGAAGCGUUUGAGAGCAACUAUGUUCUCCUCUAUCCUGAAGCAAGAAACCGCUUUCUUUGACAAGACCAGAACAGGAGAGCUGAUAAACCGUUUAUCUUCAGAUACAGCCCUCUUGGGGCGUUCAGUGACUGAAAACCUUUCAGAUGGGCUCAGGGCAGGAGCGCAAGCAUCUGUGGGGGUUGGAAUGAUGUUUUUUGUGUCUCCUAGCCUUGCUGCAUUUGUUCUGAGUGUUGUGCCACCCUUGGCUGUCGUGGCUGUGAUUUAUGGAAGAUACUUGCGAAAACUUACUAAAAUGACUCAAGAUUCUCUUGCAGAAGCAACACAGUUAGCUGAAGAGCGUAUUGGAAACAUAAGAACAGUUCGAGCUUUUGGGCAAGAAAUGGCUGAAAUGGAGAAGUAUACAAAUAAAGUUGAUUACGUGCUACAACUGGCUAAAAAAGAGGCGCUAGCUCGGGCAGGCUUCUUUGGAGCAACUGGCCUUUCUGGAAACUUAAUUGUCCUCUCAGUCUUGUACAAAGGAGGAUUACUAAUGGGCAGUGCCUACAUGACAGUUGGUGAACUCUCAUCUUUCCUAAUGUAUGCUUUCUGGGUUGGAAUAAGCAUUGGAG